AUGAAGCUGAUUUCAUCCCUCUUCACCACCUUGCUCGCUGGUAACGUGGUGAGCGCCAAGUACACCGUCGAAAUUCCCGAAGAUGCUGUCUGGGUCACCAACUGGGACGAACUACAUGCUGCCCCUCGAUUUGAAGGGGUCCUACUCCCCAAGUACGGAGGUUUCGUUAUUGAAGUUGACGAAAAGAUUGUCCUAGCUACGGAUGAACAAAUGAGCAAGGAAGUGUUCGACCUACUCACGGACUUGGAGAAGAAUGACUCGGAGCCUGAAGGAGAGCAGCAAACUCCCAAUAAGCGGGAUGCAGAGUUGGGGGUCAGCAGAGGCAUCAAAAGUCUUGCGACUUUAUGGCUGCACAAAGAACCAUUUUGGGGCUAUUUGCCUGAGAAUAGAUAG